AUGUGGCCGCAGCGCACGUACGGCCGGCGCCCGCGGUGGCCGGGCGGGAGGCUAAAUCACACCCCGCCGCCGCCUGGGCCCAGUCACGGCCUCUCGGAGCCCCAGCCCCGCGACGCGCCCGUCCGAGGAUCAAAAAGAAAACUUCAAAUGAAAAUCUUACCAAAGUUGAAGGAGAAUGUUGAGGCAACACAGUUACAUGAGAGCCCUACUACAAAAACCGGUAUGCAGUUGAAUGUUGCACACCAAAAGAAACUACAAAAAAGUCACAUUAAUGAGGACUCCAAGAACACGAACACUCUUGCACUGAAGGAAUCAAUGACUGAUGAUGAUCUCCAAGGUGAAAGUAGUCCAAAUAACACUCAAAUAAGUUCAGGUAUAACUUCAUCAAGUGAGAUUUCUUUCUCUCUUUUGAAAUCUGAUGAUAUGAAUUUUUACGUAGAAACCACCAGCUCUGAAGAUAGUUUAAGUAGUUUUCCAUCACCUGAAGUAUUCAGGGGAGGAGAGUUUUUUGAUAUCAAUGAUUCCACUACUGAAGACUAUCUCAAAUUCAAGAAUUCUACUUUUCUGGAUACCAGCAGAGCCGUGGCUAUAGAGAAUAUACAACAAUUUUCAAAUCUUUCAGCAAUUUUAGAUAAUUCCAUUUACAAAAUUUUGCCUGAAACAGAAAAAACUCCAGAGGUAAGUUCUUUUAGAAUGAAGAAUAAACAAACAAACUCCUCUGUCUCCGUUGGUAAGAAAAAUAGAGGAUUUCUGACAAGCUCUCCAUCAUCAGAGACAGGCAGGUUUGAGAUUAAUUUGUCCCCAGUACAAAAAUUAUCUUCAGAAGGAGAAUUAAAUCCAAAUACAAGUAAUUAUAUAUAUUCAGAUGAAAUUGUUCCUGCGUCAAGUUCAGAAGAAGAAAAAGAUUCUUGGGAGGCUCAAUGCAUUGCAUCUGAAAUGUGCUGUAUUAUUAAAUCAUCACCAAGAAAUAGAUGCACACAGAUGUUACGUUGCUGUCCUAAAGGAAUAUCUAAAGGUGUGAUAAAUGAGCCAGUGGAAAAGGAGAGAUUAAAAACUAAGGGGAGAAUGAACACUAUUGAAAAGAUAAACAGGCAGUGGAGAGAGGAGGUGAUGGGACUAAGGGUUCAGGUAGGGGGGUUGGCAUGGGCUCCAUGUCUUGUAUCAGAAACGUGCAGUGUUGUCGAAACGUCACCACAAAUUAGAUACACAGAGAUGCCAUGUAGCCCACCUAAAGGAAUGUCUAAAGAUAUGGUCAAGAAGCAAGUGGAUAAGGAAAAAUUAAAAACUAAGGGGAGAGUGGACACAACCAAAGGGACAAGCCACCAGUGGAGAGAGGAGGUUUCAUGUAUUACAUCUGAAGUGUGCUGUAUUGUUAAAGCAUCACCAAGAAUCAGAUGGAUGAAGAUGCCGUGUUGCCCUUCCAAAAGAGUGUCUAAAGAUAUCAUAAUGACAGAUGAGUGUGCUGGCUGAGCUUUUCAUUGCCAUUCACGAUUAGCAUAUGAAGAGAAGCCUGAAUUUACCUGACUGAAAUGAGUGCAGUGAUCCCGGUUCA